AUGUUUUUGUUCAGUAACUUCCUUCACCUGCUGCAACUCAUCCCACUGUACAAGAAGGAGAACUACGGUGGCUGAUGCAAAAACACGCAUGGCCCUGUCUAGAGCCAGUGUUUGAUUUGUCCAUUCUGGGCUACUGUAGAAACAACAUGGCGGACUCCGUGGAAGAGGACCAGCUCCAUAUGUUGGUGUUCACGACUCAUUCUAAGGUAUUUCGUAUUUUCAGGUGAUUAUACACUAAUGAAAACAUAGUUAUGGAUAUUGAAUACCACCAGAUGCUCCUACAUCAUACACACUGGACCUUUAAGUAGGGGUUCUGAAUACCUCCUCCACCACUGACCAUAUCAAACACAAAAUAUUAUUACAUGUAGAGCAUUGUCAUAUUUAUUGUAUGUCUGUAGGGGAUCUUUAAAGAUUACAACUGACACCCUGACGGUGUUCUUUCAUUCAUCUGGCAGCAUGUGAGGACUUGGCUCUAAAAAGGCACCGACUUACCCGCAGGAAUUAAAGCAAGAGAGACAGAUCCACUGAGAAAUAGAAGCCUAGAAGUAGAAACAGCUCCACACACAACCAGACAUUGUCCUAACCUCAUAUCUCUCUCAGACUACUUUGCUCAGCCCAGUUGGCAAAGGCAAAUGUUGGCACUGUAUAAUUUAACAAACCACAGCUACAUUAGAUGUGUUUGUUUCAUAUGCAUCAUAUCAACGACUCUUAAUUGACAUAGUAUAUGAGCUGACUAUCUUCAGGAGGCGGGAGGGACGGUGGAUGGCAUGGCAGACUACUGUUCAAAAUCAAACUGGUUGUGUUUUAGUGAGUCAUUGGUGCAUCUUCCAGUGGCUUCUUAGCCAACAAACACGGUUGCAUUACAGCCAGGAUAGUGCCACAAAAAGCGUUUGUUUUUUAAUUAAGGCAUCGCUGUAUUUACAGCCAGGAUAGUGCCACAAAGACUGCUGCAUUUCCAGCGGGAACAGUGACAGAAAGAGUGUCUGUUUUAUACCGAGACAUCACUGUGUUGUUUUUUAUGAGACAUUGCUGUGUUUCUGCAGGGAUAUGUCACAAAAUGCAGUUGUUCCUUUGCCAAGACCGCUGCAUUUCCAGCGAGUAUAGUGCCACAGUGUUUGUUUUAUACCAAGACAUCACUGCAUUUCCAGCCGGGACAGUGCCACAGAAAAUGGUUUCCAGCGGCUUUUUAGCCACUCCUACCAGAUAUUUUAAGCCAAAAGAUGAAGUUUUUCUAACCACAACUAAGUGUUUUUUGUGCCUAAACCUAACAUGUUAACUGCAGCGUGUUGAAAUGUUAAGUUUCAACAUCUCUACCACAUGAUAAUGUACAAAUAUAUUGUAUCCAAGGUACAAUACCAACAUUUGUUCUGGCAGUUGCAGCAUGUAUUAGUUAUUGUAUUAGUAUAUCAUUAGGGUAACUCAUAUCCUCAGGUGGUUUGGUUUGUUGAAAGCUGCUCUUUAUAUAAAUGUGACACUUUCACACUAAUUUGACAAACAAUAAACAGCCAGCCUUUAUUAUAUGAUGGACUGCAGGGUGGAAUUUGCCAGAUUUCUACAGAAACCAGGCUGGCAGUGCCAUCAAGAGAUUGUUUUCUAUCAAGCCAGAGGCAGCUUGCCAGUGGAAGCCAUCGUGUUUCCUAGUUUGAAAAGCUUCCAUCUGGCUCAGAGAGGCAUUAAGCAUGUCUUUAAUCUGGUGUUCACAUGAGCAUGAAUGGCGUUUUUAUUUUGCAUGUUUAAUAAACCAAUUUGUCAGCUGCGUGAUCAAAGUCAGGGAAGCGUUUGUGUGAGUGUGUCUGAGGGAUGAGGAAUUGAUUUACAUGUUUUAUGGAUUCCUCACCAAGCAUGUGGUGUGAUCUAUCUAUCUAUCUAUCUAUCUAUCUAUCUAUCUAUCUAUCUAUCCACUCUCAGUGCACUCUUCUGUGACAGUCUUAGGGAAUCCGAUGGACCUGAGUGAUUUACAGUGUGCUUGGUUAACACGCACUCACCAAGCACCUAAUUGCUUUUUUUAAUGCUCUGUUCCGUGGGGGAUUGGUUGUUUGGCGUUAGUGCACCACAGAGCAGGACCGCUGUGUCAAAACCUCUCAUUAUUCCUCUCCCCCACCCCCACCCUCACCCUUGUGACAGCUGACUGAGAGUUUGGUAAUAUUCAUAGCUUGUGAAUUCAGCGGAGUGUCCAAAUGUCUCAGCUGAGAGACAGAUUGUUUGGCUAAUGAAUAUUUCCCCAAAGAUCCCACACGUUUUAAAUGCAUCUGAUUGUAAAUUGUAAUGCCACUGAGAGUUUUUUCCCUUCCUUAUUCAACAGCACCUUCAUUGGUUAGAUUUGGUGAGGGUGGGGUCUCACUUAAGAGCCAUUGACGUAGUCCGCUUUGGCAAUUUUAACAGAGGCGCAGUCUGUGUAGGAACAGAGAAAAGUGUUUUUAGGCAAAGAUAAAGGGGGGAAACAGAAGAGUGAAGUGGUGAGGAGGUUUGAAGUGGUCUGAAUUGGUACACGAUGUUUCGUUCGUGCUGUCCUGCGCGCUUCAAACCUGUGUGGAGCUCCUGGAGUGGGCACAACUGGUGUCUUCUUAUAUCCACAGCUGCGACCAGUUAGGUUUGAGCAUCAGGUGACCGUUUCAGACAAUAAUCCCACUUCUUCCUCUUUUUCUCUGGGCUACACUUGGAGCGGAGAGAGUGGACGCACCUAAACAAUUAUGAGCGAAGCACCCGCGCCCUGACGCGCUCCGGUGAGCGCAUGUUGGACCGGUGAGAGUGUGGACUAGUAUGAAGCGCCAUGGGUUGGUGUGACCGCGGGGUUCAAACGCUGCUGGCCACCGUGGGGGCUUUCGCUGCCUUCAGCCUGAUGACCAUCGCCAUCGGCACGGACUACUGGCUCUAUUCGCGCGCGUACAUCUGCAACAGCACCAAUACCACCACAGACGAGACCCAGCCGCAGCCCAAAACCAAGAAGGGAGAUCUCACUCACUCCGGGCUGUGGAGAAUCUGCUGUAUUGAAGGAAUCAAUCAAGGCAGCUGUUACAGGAUAAACCAUUUCCCUGAUGACAACGACUACGACACAGACAGCUCUGAAUACCUGCUGCGUAUAGUUCGUGCCUCCAGUGUGUUCCCCAUCCUCAGCACCAUCCUGUUGAUGCUUGGCGGGCUGUGCGUCGGGGUUGGUCGAGUCUACAACAAGACAAACAAUGUCCUCCUCAGCGCGGGCAUUCUCUUUGUAGCUGCAGGUUUGAGCAACAUAAUUGGCAUCAUCGUCUACAUCUCCAGCAACGCAGGAGACCCCAGCGAUAAACGUGACGAUGACAAGAAGUACACGUACUCCUAUGGAUGGUCGUUCUAUUUUGGUGCCCUCUCUUUCAUUGUGGCUGAAACUGUGGCUGUCCUCGCCAUCAACAUCUACAUUGAAAAAAACAAGGAAGUCCGCUGGAAGGCUCGGCGCGAGUUCAUCCGUUCACUCUCUUCCUCUUCCCCAUACUCAAGGAUACCGAGCUUCCGCUACCGCCGGCGAACGUCGCACGCCAGCUCUCAUUCGACAGAGGCAUCGCGGGAGAACUCACCUGUGGUUGGUCUGAAGGGGGCACAAUCCUCCAGUGGGCCCCUGGAUGAGUUGUCGAUGUACGCCCUGGCGAGGGACAGUGUGACGGAGAAUACAUACAGCCCCGAACACGAGGAGGCUGCAGAGUUCCUCCAGGUCCAUAACUGUUUCCCCAAUGAUUUAAAGGACGGGGUGAAUCGCAGAACCACACCAGUGUGAGAGGCAUGUUGCUUGGCUUGAGUUUCACCUGGAAGGACGAACAGGAAAUGAUGAAAAUCAGUCAGCCAAUCAGUUGGAGUGCUUGUGUUAGCCUUCAAACUUAGAAGCACAGUUUUUGGGGAGACUGUCCAUUUUUGAAAGGACCUGAGGAGAAGAGAGGACAUUCAGCUAGACAGAAGCCAAUUAACAGAACCUGAAAAUCAUUUAUCUGCUUUUAGAGAUCAUCAGAGCAGAGUUAUAUUGUCUGUGCAGUAGCUGAAUCAAAAUUGAUGUUAUCUUUCAACUGUCGAAAUGCUUAAAUGAGCCUUGUGUGUUGCAACCCGUUCUCACUCCCAGGGCAUCAAAUACGGCAGCUUGGUCAGUGGCAUCUUAGCGUCUGGUAUUGACACACAAGGCACCCUCUUGCAUCUGUAUGAGACAUACUGGGCUUUCAUAUGCCUCCAGUGUAAAUCCAUUGGCAAUGGCGUAUAAAGCGCGUGAAAGUCUGUGUUCGUUGGGAGUGAGGGGUGGCCGAAGUGUUAAAAAAGUAAAGGACUUUCACCCAGGAGACCACCGUUCAUGUCCAGUGUGGAACAAUGACUUUAUAUCAAGAUGGACAACACUACUCUACUUCCUCCCAUUGUACAUAAAUGAAGCCAACAUACAGGCAGAUACGGGCGCUGCCAUCUUGCACUGGUGACGUCAUUUGGAGCCAAAGUCUGUGAAGGAGCUAUCUGGAAAUGGAGCUACCGCUAUCAAGGUCUCGCCCAUCCACCCAUCUGACCCGAUCAAUUAUGUCAAUCUUGACGUCAAACCCCGUUUUUCUAGAAUCAAAUAACUAACUGAAACCAAACUUAUCAGAAAAAUGAACACUUGAAUAUCAGCUUGAUGAGAAUGACUUAAAGUUACAGAAAACCUCUUUGAGAAUUUUUAAUUUUUUAUUUUUUAUUUUGACCUAUACUUUGAUUUAAGCCCAUGUCCCAUCUGCUAACAUGGAGGGGGCGAGGUUUAUGACCUAUACUGCAGCCAGCCACCAGGAGGCGAUGGAGAUGUUUUGGCUUCACUUCUGGGGAGCUGUCAUCCUGUUCAUCUUUUAACGGUCUGUGGUGUGAAACCAAAAGUCAAAAUUAAGUUUUUUUAAUUACGUCACAUACUAACAUCACAUGACAUACAUGGUGUGACGUAUGACAAACUCUUUAACUUAUUCACGUUAGUGACGUUACAUAACAAACUUCAUCAGUCCAAAACUGAUGCUAGAGGGGUACCUAGAGCAACUUAGUUUGAAGCGUGGGGCCACUGACCAACCUGCCGUACCUGAGAAGUUGAGAGUGAGAAUGCGCUGGUGGAUCACAACCCUUGUUUGUGUAACGGUCACUAAACAUUGUGGGUGUGACGUGUUGAGUUGUGUCAAUCAGCAGUAUUCUACCUGUAAAUUAUUCAACAAGGUGCUAAAUGAAAUGUGCUCUUCAACUUGAAAGUGUUUUCUUUAUGUGUGCAGUUGCUAUAAAUUGUGGACCCUUCUCCAAAGUGUGUAUUGUGUCCUCAUAACCAGUCUGGUCUUGCCUUAUACUCGAAUAUUUUUGAAAGAGACAACAGGGGCUCUCUCUGCCUCUCUUAGCACUGUCCUUUAGAAUAAUGUAUGGCCUUUUGAAAAAAAUCAAAUUAUAAAUAUUCUAAACUUUUUUUUCAGUAUGGUUUGGGAGUCAGUGUCGACAAAUGUCUGAGAAUGUACUGAAUGUUUAGUAUUUUACCAGAUUGUACAAGUCAGUCCUCCAAACAAUAUGAAAGGUUUUGUCUCCCUCGCUGUCUCUUCCUCAGUCCUAUUCUUCUCUGACAUUUGUCAGUUGAACAAAUGUCCGUUUUGUCAGUGGAGCACCUCCGUUCAGUGGCCCCUUUUUAUUCACUUCCAUAUCAGUCCGCCAUCCUUCCGUCACAGCCCCCCCCCAGGUGGAUGUGACAUUGUGUAUGUGCCUGUCACAAGAGAAGAGCAGCUGACAGAAAGGGGGUGCCCAGAACUGUGACAAUGGCACAGGUCAGGACUUCCUUUUGCUCUGAAUGAAAACAUCCAGAGUGUUUAAUGGAUAAGGAUCAGAGCCAGGCGGAGAAUGUCUGUCACACCGCCUGUGAGUCCAUCUGGCUGCCUUCAGCCCCCCUUCUCCCAUCCCAUGUCGAACAGAGGACCCAGACAGGAGCAGAGGGAGCUGUCUGCAACUGCGUCCCUGAAGGAUUUGGCAUCCAGACGUGUGUGUGUGUACUGUCGUCCUGCACGUCCUUCACUGCUCUUUCUUUUAGUUCUCUCAGGAAAUACUGUGUUGUUGUGGCAGGUUGGACACUUCUGAGGUCCUCUCCCUACUUUGUGGCAGUGCUGGGAGAUGGACCAGUGAUAAAGAUAAACCUGGUGAAAAUGAUCUGAGAAAAAAAGCCACUACUGUAUUUAGUAAAUGCUGUGAGUGUUUGCUUGAGCUUGCUCCAAGAACCAGCUGGAGUGGGCUUUAUUUUUCAGUCUUAGGGCUAUUGAGUUGAUUCUGGUUUGGUAAGUGAGCUCACUCAACCACAAAGUCGUAUUUGAUUGUAUUUUGUGUUUGAUAUGCCAUUAAAGAUACCAUGUCGUACGCCAGGCUGAGCUCAUGUAAAUGAAAGCCAUCAGUUUGAUCCAUGAGUGUAGAUCUUACGCUUUUAUAUUACAGUUUGGGAAAGAAAAUCCAGAUGUGUUUGUUUGUAAUGUAAAUCUGUAAAGUUGUAAAUAAAAACACAAUAAAAAAAAAAAAGAAAGAUUGAAUGUGCAGCAGAGGAUUGCAAGUAUUACUUUACAGAGCAGUGUCUCAAUAGUCAUGGUCAUACAGUUCAAUUUACCAUUUUAUAUUCAGGUAAACACACUGGUUUUGCUGGUAUCAGUCAAAAAAGUUCAACUAUCAAAUAUUCUGUUUUGUAAGUACAUUUAUGAGACUUUAUUUUCUCUGCUGUGUGUGCAGCUGUACUUUACUGUAUGUGCUUGUAUUGAUUUAUGGCUUACUAUUGUUGUGAAAUAGGCACAUUUUCACUUUUUUUUAACAUUUGUAAAUUGGUUGAGCUGCGUAGUAAAAAAAAUUACAGUGAAAGAAACGUAGGCACCUCAAAUCAAAAGUAAUUUCAUUUUCCAUUUUACAGUUUGUUUCAAAACCAAACAUACCAGAAUAAUUUGUGAUAACUGUUGUUAGCAUAAUUUAAUGGUUUGAUAUUGGACUGUAGAGUGCCUUUGUUUCAUUUAUUUCCUGCUUUUUUUUCUCCACCAAUCAAAAAAAAAUAUUUCAUCUGAAUUUACUUUGGUUGUUUUGUUUUCUUUUUUUCCAUUAGGCUCUCACUUUUUACU